AUGCGUUUUCUUUGUCGACGAGUCACUAUCAAAGUCAUGCAAAACUACUGUGCCCGUUGUGAUGAAGCUGUCUAUUUUGCUGAAGCAAUUCAAGCUUUUGGCAGCUUUUACCACAAGAAAUGCUUUGUUUGUACUCGAGACAAUUGUGGACGCAGUCUUGACAGCCGAACUUGCAAUGAACACGAGGGAAAGCCCUAUUGCACUUAUUGCUACAAGAUAAUGUUUGGACCCAAAGGCGUCGGCUAUGGAGUUGGUGCUGGUCUUCUAUCGAUAAAUAAUGCAACUGAUGAGAUGACUCGUCAAAUCCAAGAGGACAAAUCUCUACCGUUUACCACAACAAUCAGCUAUGGUGUUGAUGAGGAAAUGGUUCGAAGGAGUUCAUUUGAGGGAACAACUUAUCAAAAUGGAUCAAUCCAGCAACAGUUCUAUCAACCAAUUCGUGGUGUCGCAUACAUCCAAAAUGAGCGAAUUGAUCCGCCCGUCGUGCGCACCGUCAUUAAACAAGAUGCUCCAAUCCCGCUUGUCCGAGCCCCCGUGGCUGCACCUCAACCGAUGAUCUGCCAGCGAUGUGAAAAAACUGUUUACGAAGCUGAGAAGAUAUUAGCUGCUGGAUCGGUUUGGCAUAAGACUUGUUUCGUAUGCACGGAAUGUAAUAAACGACUAGAGUCGAGAACGCAAUGCGAACAAGGAGGACGACUCUAUUGCAAUAGUUGUUACGCUCGUCAAUUCGGUCCCCGAGGCUAUGGACAUGGGGUGGGAGCUGGAAUCCUGCAGCUGCAUCAA